ACCAUAACCCUUUACAGUGAACUACCUAGACAGUAUAGGACUGACCAUAACCCUUUACAGUGAACUACCUAGACAGUAUAGGACUGACCAUAACCCUUUACAGUGAACUACCUAGACAGUAUAGGACUGACCAUAACCCUUUACAGUGAACUACCUAGACAGUAUAGGACUGACCAUAACCCUUUACAGUGAACUACCUAGACAGUAUAGGACUGACCAUAACCCUUUACAGUGAAUUAAGGAAUGAGCAAAAAACAGGACUGCUGAACAGAAGAGCAUGGGGACAGUAUAGGUGCAACCUGAUAGGCCCCAGACGGUUAGUGACAAAUGAGAAGGUUAUGUGAGUGGAGCGUCACAGACCAGAUAGGUUAAAUUACCCUGCUGUCCUGCUAGGGUGUUAGUGUGAAGACCUAGCACUGGGUAGGGGACUUAGUAAGCAACCUAGUAGGGAAGUUCUAUUCCAUCUGUUUCCAUGGAGAAAAAGAGUGUGAUUAAGUUCAGCCACUGUCAGAAGGACAUCUUCUGUUUCUUGGUUCCAGAGAAAUGUCCAGAGUGUGGAGUGAGCUUCAGCAGUGGCAGGCUGGAGGAGGCUCCUAUCCGUAUCCCCAACCCUUUUUCUAACGGACACAAGACCCCAUGCUGCUUCCUGGUCGCACCUGCUGAGGAAAACAACCUCAGGGAGUUUGAUGGCGGCUCAGACCUACACACUGGGAUCACAGACACUAAUGGAGUGGUGUUCAACUACACUAAGCCAGGGGUCCGGCAGGACCAGCGAGGCUGGGAGAUGUGUAUCAGUAUUCCCCUGAUCCAACCAGACAUGUUCAACCUUCUCAACCAAUGGGACCAAUACCUCAACACGUUCUCAGACGCCGAGAUGUGGGACCCAGCAUACAAAAGGUGCACCUUCGUAUUGAACUUUAAGAUCCUAUUACUGUAUUUGAGAGGAACAGUUGUUAAAGUAUAUUACUGUAUAACUGAGAGAGGAACAGUUGUUUUAGCAUUGAGAUUGAGGUGUAAUGUAAUAAACAUGUUUAUCUUCUGGUCUUGUAGGUUUAAUAAGGAGACGCACAACUGCUACAACUACACUCUGAUGUUUCUAAACCGUGUGCUAGCAACACAGGGGAAAGGCUCUCUGACCAAAGACCAGUUCACUCAGAGCUUCGUCCUGCCCAAGAUCAAGAGAGCCUGUAAAUACACCAUAAUGUGCAGGGAGAUAUCACAGAACUACUUCUAUAUAGUGGACAGUCCUGUUAAUACUACAUAGUAAAUACACCAUAAUGUGCAGGGAGAUAUCACAGAACUACUUCUAUAUAGUGGACAGUCCUGUUAAUACUACAUAGUAAAUACAUCACAAUGUGCAGGGAGAUAUCACACAACUACUUCUAUA